UACGUCACGUCCUGCCAGGCCUUACAGAGUAAAGCCUGUCUCUGCUUCCGCUUCCAGUGUAAACAAGAUAAGCUCGAAUUGUGUUACAAAGUUUAAUGUUACUCAAAAAACAAAAAAGAAACGCAAUUUGCAGACAGUAACGGUGAAGAUGGCAGAUGUUGACGAGGAUGAUAAUCACAUGCAGGUAGAGGAGGAUCCCGAGGAGGAGGAGGAGGAUGAUGAUGUAGAGGAAAUCGACGAGGAAGAACUGAUCGAUAUCGACACUGAACUGGCUUCGGCCCACGAUGAGAGUGUGGAGCUUGUGGCCCCCCCGGAGCGCAGUGGACACGUCGCAGUGUCAGACGGGAAUUGCAUGUAUAUUUGGGGUGGAUACAAGAAUGCACAGACCACAGGUUUCUAUGACUUCUAUUUGCCAAGAAACGAAAUCUGGAUUUAUAACAUGGAAUCCAGACGAUGGAAGAAAAGGGCCACCGAAGGAGACGUCCCCCAGUCCAUGUCGGGCAGCUGUGCUGUGUGUGUGGACGGGGUGCUCUACCUGUUUGGAGGGCAUCACGCCAGAGGAAACACCAACAGGUUGUACAGGCUUCCUCUGAGAUCCACAGACACGCUGCACUGGGAGAAGAUGAAAGAAUUGAAAGGGAUGCCACCAACGUCCAAGGACAAGCUCGGCUGCUGGGUGUACAAGAACAAAUUAGUUUUCUUCGGAGGAUAUGGCUACGUUCCACAAGGGACACAUCUUGGAACGUUUGAAUACGAUGUAACGUCCUUUUGGGCAAAUAAUGCUCCUCGGGGUUGGAAUAACCAUGUGCACGUGCUGGACCUGGAGACGUGUGCCUGGAGUCAGCCAGUCACAAAGGGGAACCCUCCUUCUCCCAGGGCUGCACACGCUUGUGCCACGGUUGGAAAUCGGGGUUUUGUGUUUGGUGGCCGAUACAGGGAGUCCCGGCUGAACGACCUGUUCAGCAUUAACAUGGAUACCUGGGAAUGGACUGAAAUGAUCGUACCACACCAGGGCCCCGUGGGGAGGUCGUGGCACUCCCUAAAUCCAGCGUCCCCUGAUCAUCUCUUCCUGUUUGGUGGUUUUACGACAGAUAAGCAGCCGCUAAGUGAUGGCUGGCUUUACUGCAUUAGCAGGAAUGAAUGGAAACCAUUUAAACACAACAAUGCAGAGAAGCCCAGGCUCUGGCACACUGCCUGCUCCAGCGAGGAAGGGGAAGUGUUUGUGUUCGGUGGAUGUGCGAACAAUCUGCUGUCUCAUCACCGUGCUGCCCACAGCAAUGAAAUACUCAUCUUUGCUGUUCAACCCAAGUCCCUUGGGAGACUGUGCCUGGAAACAGCGAUCCACUUCAAAGAGAUCCUGUCCGGGUCCUGGGAAUGUCUCCCGAAGCACCUGCUGAGGAGCAUCAGCCAGCGCGUCGGCAGCAACAACACAUCGGGCUCCUGAAGCCUGCCCGGGAGCGCAGGAAGGAAAUAGUUACGGAGCCAUAGAUUUGUCAAGCGCUCCAUCAUUUUAGUUUUUGCAGGCAGGUGCAACAUGCAACUGUUAAAUGUUUUUGCAUGUGAAUGGCAAAUAGAGAAAAUAUUUUUGUGUAGAAUUUGAUUGCUUAUACACGUGUAUAUAAAUAUAUAUAUAUAUAUUGUUUUAAUUAAACUCUUGUGUUUGAAAGCAAAGAAUUUACUGUUUAAAAAAAAAAAAAAAGACUGCAUUGUUAAGAGAGUCCCAGGGUUUCCCUGGGCAUCUUUUAAAUUCUUUAUUGUAAGUUUAUGUUUUUCCGUCGUGUGCACCCGUCUUGUAUAGUAAGUUGUGUGCACUUUUCUAUUGGUGAUUACAAACUCAUUUUGAUGCAGGCAGCAGACGUUCCAGAAUGUCUUGCAGCAACACUGUUCAUGCACAAUGCAGACUGAUGCUGGAGAGGUGACCCUCCAGCACCAGCACGUCUAAUUCACAUGUUGAUGAACGCGUGCAGGGGGAGCGCCCCACCAUGGAGCCUCCCUUUCACAGCACACACUGAUGAACGCGUGCAGGGGGAGCGCCCCACACUGAAGCCUCCCUUUCACAGUACACACUGAUGAACGCGUGCAGGGGGAGCGCCCCACCAUGGAGCCUCCCUUUCACAGCACACACUGAUGGACGCGUGCAGGGGGAGCGCCCCACACUGAAGCCUCCCUUUCACAGCACACACUGAUGGACGCGUGCAGGGGGAGCGCCCCACAAUGGAGCCCCCCUUUCACAGCACAAGCAGAAGUGCCUUCGAUGGAUAUCCUGUUAAGCACUGGGGUGGGGAGACUGAAGAGUGAUUUGUUGUAGAAAUCUGUAUUAAAAUAAAACGUUUAAGAACAGCAGU